AUGUCGGUCGCGAAGUCGAGAGUGCUGGAAUUGAUGAAGGUCCAAUGCCGGAUCUUCUCAACCACAUUCAAUCCUGAUAGACUUCGAACAGGAAACAAGAUUCUUCGACAAAGGUUAAAGGGACCUGCAUUGGCUGCAUACUACCCACGAAAGAUGGCUACAAUUAAGGAUAUGCAGAAAGCUUAUGACGAAUAUGAUGUCGAGACCUAUGAUGAUGCUGAGGAAGAUAGAUUUGAACAUAUUACGAUUCUGAAAGCGAGAGGAAAGGGAGCACCAAAAAAGAAGAGGACUGCAGAAGAUUCCAAGAAGUUCAAGGGAAAGAAGAGGUAG